AAUGUUAUCUUAUCCAAAUCUUUUCUGUUCAUCCGAAAGCCCCGUCAGAUGAGUUGGCUGAGCGAAACCUCCUUCCUAUAAAAGCCAAGGAGAUAAUAAUACCGUGUGAUCGAUUAACAUUUUUAAUUCUAAUUUUAGUAGUAACAUACGUCGCUGUGGUGUGUUUCGCUCUAAUGGCAGAAUUUUCUCUUCCCCAUGACUCUUAUUAUCUUGGAUUUGAUAGCUCUACCCAGUCAUUGAAGGCGACCAUAUUGGACUCAAACUUGAAAAUUGUUCUGUCAGAGCUGGUUCGUUUCGAUUCUGAUCUGCCCCAUUACAAAACAAAAGAUGGAGUAUACCGAGACCCCUCUGUGAAUGGAAGAAUCGUUUCACCCACUUUAAUGUGGGUUGAAGCUCUGGAUCUUAUGCUUCAGAAGCUCGCAAAAUCAGAAAUAGAGUUGGGGAAAAUUGGUGCUGUUUCUGGUAGUGGACAACAACAUGGCAGUGUCUAUUGGAAAACUGGUAGUUUUCAGGUAUUAUCAUCAUUGGAUCCUAAGAAGUCACUGUUUGAUCAGCUCGAAAAUGCUUUUACCAUCAAGGAAUCCCCAAUAUGGAUGGACAGUAGCACCACUGCUGAGUGUAGGAAGAUUGAGGAAGCUUGUGGGGGAGCAAUGGAGUUGGCUCAAGUGACGGGAUCACGAGCAUAUGAAAGAUUCACUGGUCCCCAAAUCAAGAAAAUAUUCAAUACGCAUCCAGAAGUUUAUAAUAACACUGAGAAAAUAUCCCUUGUUAGCUCUUUUAUGGCGUCUCUUUUUAUUGGCGCUUAUGCUGCUAUUGAUCACUCUGAUGGUGCGGGCAUGAAUUUGAUGGACAUAAGGAAAAAAGACUGGUCUAAAUUAGCACUUGAGGCAACUGCCCCUAAUUUGGAGUCAAAACUUGGAGAAUUAGCCCCUGCAUUUGCUGUUGCUGGAAAUAUUGCUCCAUAUUUUGUAGAGAGGUACUGCUUCAACAAGAACUGCUUGGUUAUUAAUUGGUCGGGAGACAAUCCUAACAGUGUUGCAGGUUUAACCCUGAAUGUUCCAGGAGAUCUGGGGAUCAGUCUUGGCACUAGUGACACAGUGUUUAUGAUAACUAAAGAUCCUAAUCCAGGAUUAGAAGGACAUGUUUUCCCCAGUCCAGUUGAUUCAGAAGGCUACAUGGUAAUGUUAGUUUACCAAAAUGGGUCCCUUACCAGAGAAGAUGUACGCAACCACUUUGCUGAGAAAUCUUGGGAUACUUUUAAUAAAUUUCUGCGGCAAACACCACCACUGAAUGGUGGAAAGUUAGGUUUCUACUACAAGGAAAAUGAAAUCCUCCCUCCUCUCCCAGUUGGUUUUCACCACUAUGUGAUAGAAAAUUUCACGGGUGAUACACUGGAUGGACUCACAGAACGUGAAGUGCAGGAAUUUGAUGCUCCUUCUGAGGUAAGAGCUAUAAUUGAGGGUCAAUUUCUCUCAAUGAGAGCUCAUGCAGAAAGAUUUGGCAUGCCUUCCCCUCCUCAACGAAUAAUAGCCACAGGAGGAGCAUCUGCAAAUCAUUCCCUCCUUAGCUCAAUUGCAUCAAUCUUCGGCUGUGAUGUUUAUACAGUUGAAAGACCUGAUUCUGCAUCUCUUGGAGCUGCAUUGAGAGCUGCCCAUGGCUUUGUUUGCAGCGAGAAGGGAAGUUUCAUUCCCAUUUCUAACUUGUACAUGCACAAAUUGGAGCAAACAUCCCUGAGCUGCAAACUUUCAGUGAGGGCUGGAGAUGAGAAGCUGGUCUCUAAGUAUGCCUUGUUCAUGAAAAAGAGAAUUGAGAUAGAGAAUCGUCUGGUGCAAAAGCUUGGACGCGUCUGAGUUGAAAUUUGCAAUCUUUCUUUGUGAGAAGGACAAAGAUAUGAUCCAAAUGGCUGUCAAUAGAAUAAGCUGUAUGUCAAUAAUUUGCUUGAAUGAGUUCUUUCUUUAUCUCCAUCCCACUUUUUGUUCAUAAUUUCUGGAAUCAGUUGGCUUUGAAUUUGAGAAACACGAGGUGUUUAUGGUUUGGUGGUUUUGUAUUGAACUAAA